AUGUCAGGAGAUUCGAGUAACACAUCUGUAGCAUCGAUUGGAGUGAGUUCUUCUCGUCGCAGGGGUGGAGUGAUCAACGGAAUUCCGAAGAGAUGCUGGUGUGGUGAAGAAAUUCUUCCUCUGAUGUCGAAAUCUGACUACAAUCCUUACCGAAGGUAUUUUCGUUGUGCUUAUGCUGCAAGAAAGAAGCUUGAGAAUGAUAAUCAUUUCUUCAAAUGGAUUGAUGAGGCACUGAUAAAUGAGAGAGUUCAAAUGAAAGUGGAGAAAGAGCUGUUUGAUAAGGUGGAUGAAGUGUUGGCUGAAGCUAAAGGUAGCAUGAAGAAAACGAUGCUAUCAGCUGUCGUUGGAUGUGUGGUGUUGGUUGGUGUCAUGAAGGUUUUUCUCAAAUCAUGGUGA